UCUAUUUACAAUUUACUAUCACAAAUAACUACUCACAAACGAAAGCGACUGCGUAUGUUCCCCACCAUCCGUGUCACUUUCAGCGGCUGUGAUCCAGAAACGAAAUAUUUUGUGCUCGUAGACAUCGUUCCAUUGGACAGCAAGCGGUAUCGAUAUGCAUACCAUCGCUCGUGCUGGCUUGUGGCCGGUAAAGCUGAUCAGCCCACCCCUACACGCAUUUUCGUUCAUCCCGAUUCCCCAUUCACCGGUGAACAACUGUGCAAGCAAGUAAUAACGUUUGAGAAGCUCAAACUGACCAAUAGCGAAAUGGAUAAGCAUGGACAUGUUAUUCUCAAUUCGAUGCACAAGUACCAGCCAAGAAUUCACCUCACUGCGUUUCAAACAGAGGAGUUCAAAACGUUCAUAUUUCCGGAAACGCAAUUCACCGCCGUCACAGCAUAUCAAAAUCAAUUGAUAACGAAAUUGAAGAUCGACAGUAAUCCAUUUGCCAAAGGUUUUCGGGAUUCAACUAGGAUUUCAGAAUAUGAGAGGUAA